CCCAUUAGUGACCUUCACGUUAUUUAUCUCUCUCUCUCUCUCUCUCGCAGAGUGAGUGAGAAAUUCAACAACCCAACUCAAAAAAGAAGCUAGAAGACAAACCACAGUGCCCCUUUUCUUCUUUCUCCUUUUGGUGGGCCACGUGUUUGAUAAUUUGUAGGACUUUUUUUGGGCACAGACAACCGUUACCUUUCUGGGAUUCCUUCAAAUUUCUAGUCUGUGGUACAAAAAUUGGUGCUUUGGUUAGUUUUGGCUUGUGGGUUUCUCUUCUUGACUGUUGGGUAUUUGGAAUUUAUAGGGGUUUUUGGGUUACUGUUUGAUGAUUUGAUGUCUUCGGCCGUUGGAGCUGUUUCUAGUUCCAAGAACAUGGGGGGUUUUGAUGAAAACAAGGAGGGUGGAGAGAGAAUUGGAGUUCAAGAAAGUGGAGAUGAAAGUGAAGGGAAAGCGAAGAGAAGUAUGAGUGAGAGCUCUUUUUAUGUUACUGAAGAUGAGGAAGAUGAGGAUGGUAAUAAAAUAGAGCUUGGUCCUCUUUGUACUCUUAAAGAGCAGCUUGAGAAAGAUAAGGAUGAUGAGAGCCUGAGGAGGUGGAAGGAACAGCUUCUUGGGGCUGUGGAUAUUGACAAUGUUGGAGAAACAUUGGAACCAGGAGUGAAGAUCCUCAGUCUUUCUAUCCUCUCUCCUGAUAGAUCUGACAUUGUUCUUCCUAUUCCAGAAGAUGGAAAGCCCAAAGGCUUGUGGUUUACUUUGAAAGAAGAUAGUAGAUACAGUUUGAAAUUCUCUUUCCAAGUCAACAAUAACAUUGUAUCUGGGCUCAAGUACACAAGCACUGUUUGGAAAAAUGGUAUGAAAGUGGACAGCACGAAAGAGAUGCUUGGAACUUUUAGUCCUCAGCAAGAGCCUUACACACAUGUGAUACCCGAAGAAACUACCCCAUCCGGCUUUUUUGCUAGAGGUUCAUAUUCUGCAAGAACAAAGUUCGUUGACGAUGAUAACAAAUGCUACUUGGAGAUCAACUACACGUUUGACAUCAAGAAGGAUUGGGCCACUCCUUAAAACAGCGGACUUGUAGACCAGCAUUAUCAUAUCUCAAAAUUCAUCUAUGUUCUUUGUACCAAAACCAGCUUAAUAUGUUUCUCCUUACAUAGAUUUAAUUAUAAUUCCCCAUUUAGUUUUCACCAAUUCAUUCCAGCAUGAUGCGAGAUUUUGUAAUGUUUCUUCUUCUUUAUUUCUUUUUUUGUUUUUUGAUUUUUCCUUUUUUUGGGUUUAAACUGUUUGUUGGGUAUUGUUAACAAUUAGAAUAGAAGGGUUGUCAGUCAGAAAGCAAUUCAGCUAACGGAUAAGUUUUGUUUGA